ACAUACAAAAUGAACUACUAUAUAUUUGUUUUAAUACUGUAUUUUCGAUGUGAUAGUGUUAAGAGUCAGAUUCCACCAAUUUUUGGAUCACAAAAUCCUAAUUCUCAAGGACCACCAGUGUUUGGAUCUCAAAAUAUAAACGAUUUAACAAACGUAAUUGGCAAUGAUGGUAGACAACUCGUCAAUCCUAGUGAUCAAUGUUAUUGUGCACUGAUUGCUUCUUGCACAGGAAUACCAUUAAUACCAGGGAGGGACAACUUUAAUAAUCGUAUUUUAAAUAUUGGUCCAAUAAAUCCUGAUUCAUGUCCAACUAAUUACGUACUUUGUUGUUCGGGAAUUCCACAACCUACUAAUCCAGUAUGCGGAAGAAGAAAAGUAGCUUUAACAAGUACAGUUGGGGAUGUAGCUCCAUAUGGAGCUUAUCCAUGGCAUGCAGCAUUAUUUCAUCGACUAAGUGACCAGUACAUUGGCGCAGCAGUUGUUCUUACUUCAACAUACCUAAUAACUGUAGCACAUAGGGUAGUUGGCCUAAACAAUAACUUUCGAAUUAGACUUGGACUUUGGUCAUUAUCAGCAAACUCUUAUCCGUACUUUGAAGCAAAUCCAAUUUUCUAUCAAUUGCAUGGGAACUUUAAUAGAAAUACACUUCAAAAUGAUAUUGCUGUUAUUCAAAUUGAUAGGGCCAUACCAUUUGCAAAUUAUGUCAGCAUUAAUAGUGCAUGCCUUCCAACAUCUGUUCCUGCUGCUGGUACAAGAUGUUGGACUUCCGGCUGGGGAGUAACUGCUUUUAAUAGUGGUCAAUAUCAAAAUUUACUAAGACAUGUUGAAGUCCCAAUUGUGUCACAAGCAGCUUGUGAGGCUAGUUUGCGAAAUACAAGACUUGGAUUUUAUUUCAACUUAGAUAGAACUAGCUUCUUGUGUGCUGGAGGUGAAUCUGGUAGAGACUCUUGCACUGGAGAUGGUGGAGGUGCCCUUGUCUGUGAAGUAGCUACAAAUCAGUUUCAAGUUGUGGGUUUAACAUCUUGGGGAGUUGGUUGCGGACAGAUAUUUGUUCCAGGAAUAUAUCUUAAUGUAUACAAUUAUCUAUCUGUUCUUAGAAACUUUGUUUCCGUUACAGCAAAUUCUGGAUGAAUGCUGUAUAUCUAAGUAUAAUAUGUUAUCUUAGAUCUUUGUAAAAAAUGUUCUGUCGUCAAAAGAACUAAAUUUAUAAGUUCGCUUUGUGAUCAAUAAAUAAUAAAUUGUAACAAACAAUAACUGUAAAAUAU